AUGGAGGUGAAAGAGAGUGAAAGAGCGGUGAUAUCAAAACCGCUGGCCUCAAGGCCAUCAUGCUCUAACUUCAGGACAUUCACUGAGCUUCUGACUGAUUCAGCAACCGUAUCUAAUUGUCACGAGAUUAUUGACGCUCCAAUAAGACCAAAGACUUUAAGGUUCCCACAGCCAGCUGCACCAGCUUCGGUCUCAUGUCCUCGGGUGGAAGGAAAUGGCAUUGGGAAGUCUUGUGAUGAUUCAGAUAGCAGAAACUACGUCGUUUAUAAACCUAAAGCAAAGCUUGUCUCCAAAGCAACUGUCUCUGUGUUGGCUAAUAUGAUUCAGGGGAAUCGUCAACAGGUUUGGAGACAAACCGAAGCAGUAUCGUAUGGGAAGAGUGUGAGCCAAGGUACUCAUCGAGCGGGUCCUAACCUAGUUCAAAAAGUUCCGUCCUUUACGGAAUCGGAGACAUUGAUCAGCGAUAGAUCUUCCGUGGACGGAUACAACUGGAGGAAGUACGGACAAAAGCAGGUCAAAGGAAGUGAGUGUCCAAGGAGUUACUACAAAUGCACACACCCGAAAUGUCCAGUGAAGAAGAAAGUAGAGAGAUCACUGGAUGGUCAAGUCUCAGAGAUUGUGUAUCAAGGCGAGCAUAACCACUUAAAACCUUCUUGUCCUCUUCCACGGAGGACUUCCUCAUCAUCUUCUUCAGGGUUUCAGAAACCACCUAAAGGGAUUGCUUCUGAAGGAUCAAUGGGACAAGACCCUAAUACUAACAAUGUCUGUUAUCCUCUUUGGAGCAACCAAAGCAAUGAUGACUCGUCUAAAAACAGAACAGAGAAGAUGAAGUAUGAUCAGGAUUGUGUUAUAACUCCAUUCGAGUUCGCUGUUCCAAGAUCGACGAAUUCAACUGGAGGAACUUCGGAUUCCGGUUGUAGAAGUAGCCAGUGUGAUGAAGGAAGCAAUGGAGGAGAGCUGGAUGAUCCAAGCAGAAGCAAAAGAAGUGAUGUUAGCAGGAAGAACGAGAAGCAAUCAAGUGAAGCAGGAGUAUCACAGAGCUCGGUGGAAUCAGACAGUCUUGAAGAUGGAUUCAGGUGGAGAAAAUACGGACAAAAAGUUGUAGGAGGCAAUGCGUAUCCGAGAAGUUACUACAGAUGCACGAGCGUGAAUUGCAGAGCAAGGAAACACGUGGAAAGAGCGAGUGAUGAUCCUAGGGCUUUCAUUACAACCUACGAGGGUAAACACAAUCACCAUUUGCUCUCCAGCCCUCCAACUUCGUCUGCUCUUCCUUUUAACUCCCCACAACAUUCUAAUCAAGCCAUUUGA